CGCGCUUCCGCGUUCCUCCAUCAUGCAUCGCAUCGCGAGCCUCGGGGACGUGCAGGAGAGCAACAAGCACGAGCGGCACCACGCCGCGCCCGCCGAGCGCGCGCGCUUCGGACCGUGGGCGGGUCCGUCGUCGCCGCCGCCGCACGCCAAGCCCGACUCCGACGCGUACGACGAGCAACGCGCGGCUCUGCUGGAUCUCGGGAGGCUGUUCGAGGCGUGCGUCAAGGCGGUCGUCGUGACGCCGCUCACGGCGGCGUGGCAGUCCGUCGCGGGGUUGUACCACGUGACGGCGAGGAACGAUUUCGAGGCGCUGCACGACGUCGCGUGGGAGCUGGGGAUGGGGUCGCCCGAGUAACGCGUAUAAACACAGAAGAGGGGAAGGGGGCACUGCGUGCACGAUGAGAUCUGACGAAGGAAGCGAGAGAGACGAACCUAGCUAGGAACCAAGCGACCGCCGGCUACAGCUCGUCGCGCGCGGCGUUCGGGGACGGGGACGACGCGCGGCGCGCGGCGUCCGCGUCGCCGAAGCCCGGUCCUCCAUGUAGAGCUUCGCGUCGGCGCCGGCAGCGAUUUUUACGGAUUCCUUCUUCUCCCUCGA